AUGAGAAUUCCUGCCACCACUGCCUGCCUCUGCCCUUUGCUGAUCUGCCUGUGCUUUGUCCAGAGGAGCUAUGGGACGUCCCAGCCCAGGCCCAACGUCAGAGCACCCAGGAACCAAACCAAACACCCAGACGGAGAGAAGGACGUGCACCACCGGCCCAAGAGGGGCUGGAUAUGGAACCAGUUCUUCGUUUUAGAGGAACAUAUUGGACCAGAAGCUCAGCAUGUUGGAAAGCUGCACUCCAACUCAGACAAAGGAGAUGGCUCAGUCAGAUACCUGCUGUCUGGAGAGGAGGCUGGUACUAUAUUUGUCAUCGAUGAGGUCACAGGGGACAUCCAUGCCACGAAGAGCCUGGACCGGGAGAAGAAGGGCCAGUAUGUCUUACAUGCCCAGGCCAUCGAUCGUUACACCAACAGAUCUCUAGAGCCAGAGUCUGAAUUCAUUAUCAAGGUCCAGGAUGUCAAUGACAACGCGCCCAAGUUUCCAGAUGGCCCAUUUGCUGCUGCUGUUCCCGAGAUGGCCGACGUUGGCACAUCAGUGUUUCAGGUCACAGCCACAGACGCAGACGACCCCACCUAUGGGAACAGUGCCAAGAUUGUUUAUAGCAUACUGCAGGGACAGCCUUACUUCUCUGUGGAUCCUAAAACCGGGGUCAUCAGGACAGCCCUAUCCAACAUGGACAGAGAGGCCAGGGAGCGCUACUCUGUGGUGGUCCAAGCCAAAGACAUGGCCGGCUCGGUGGGUGGGUUGUCAGGCUCCACCACCAUCAAUGUCACUCUGACAGACGUCAACGACAAUCCUCCCAAAUUCCCCCAGAAAAACUACCAGCUGUACGUUCCAGAGUCUGCUCAGAUUGGAAAAGCUGUGGGUAAAAUCAAAGCCACCGAUGAAGAUUUGGGCGUCAAUGCAGAGAUGAGGUACAGCAUAACCAAUGCAGAGGGGAAAGCCAUGUUCUCCAUCACUACAGACACUGACCAGAAGGAAGGCAUCAUAUCACUAAGACAGCCUUUGAACUAUGAGAAGAGGAAAGUCCACACGCUUCACAUAGAGGGAGUGAACACUCACCUGGAUUCCCGCUUCUCCCACCUGGGCCCCUUCAAAGACACCACCACUCUCCGGAUCAUCGUCGGAGACGUGGACGAGCCGCCUGUCUUCUCCAUGGACUAUUACAUCAUGGACGUGUACGAGAACUCCCCUGUGGGAACAGAGGUCGGCACAGUGACGGCUCAGGACCCUGACAGUACCAAAAGCCCUAUAAGGUAUUUUGUAGACCACAGUGAAGAGGAGCAGGUGUAUUUCACCAUUAGUGUGAAUAACGGGGUGAUUAAGACCACCCGGAGUCUGGACAGAGAGGAUGUGGCCUGGCACAACAUCACUGUGAUGGCAUCAGAGGUUGACAAUCCCAGUCUCAUCAGCCAUGUUCCUGUAACAAUCCAGGUGCUGGAUGUAAAUGACAAUGCUCCCUACAUAGCAAGAGACGAUGAAAUCAUUGUGUGUGAAAGCUCCAGGGCAGGACAGGUGAUCCAGACAGUGAGGCCAUCAGACAUGGAUAACUUUGCAAAUGGACGCUUCUCCUUUGCUCUGCCAAGUGAUCUUCCAGUCAAUCCUAACUUCACCUUGAAGGAUAACGAAGACAACACUGCCAGCAUCGUGGCACGGAGGCGUCAGUUCAGCCAGGCGGAGCAGGAUCUCUACCAGCUUCCUGUGGUUGUCAGGGACGGGGGGGAGCCCGUCCUGAGCAGCACCUCCACCCUGACCCUCCGAGUGUGUGUCUGCCAGAGAGGAGGUAGCAGCAGUAGCAGCAGCAACAGGGUGAGGGCCUGCCAAGUCCCGGCCUUCCUCUCCACAGCUGGCCUGAGCACCGGGGCCUUUAUCGCAAUUCUGCUUUGCAUCAUCAUCCUGCUGGCCAUCGUGGUGCUAUUUGUCCUCCUGCGGAGCAAAAAGGGCAAGAAGGAGCCGUUGAUCAUCUCUGAGGAGGACAUCCGGGAGAACGUGGUCACCUACGAUGAUGAGGGCGGUGGCGAGGAGGAUACGGAGGCGUUUGACAUUGCAGCGCUGCGGAACCCCGCCGGGGCAGAACAGAGGAGGCUGCGGCAGGAGGUAAGGUCUGGGGAGGAGGGGUGGCUGGUGGCCUGCGGGCCCCAGAGCCCGUCCCUUGUGCUGCUCGACACAGAGGACAUGCACCACGUCAUCAGACAGAGAGUAGUAGACGCUGACAAGGACACCAGCGGACCGCCCUAUGACUCCCUCCAGACGUAUGCGUAUGAGGGCUGCGGCUCUCCCACGGGGUCAGUCAGCUCUCUGGGGCUGGCCCAGGUCCUGCCCCCUGAACUCAGCUACAGUGAACUGGAGGACUGGGAGCCGGAUGGCCACAUGCAGGCCAGACUGUUUGGGACAGAACUCUCUGAGACAGAACAGACCAUAACCCCCUAA